GCCGUGUGAAACCUUGGAGAGGCUUACAGCGCUUUACUUCUUCAAAGUAGCCUCAGAGUGGAAACAAUGAGCUCCAUUAAAGUCUAUUAUUCCAGCGUAUCAGGGUCUAGGGAGGUGAAGCAGAGACAGGAAGACGUUAUCAGAAUUUUAGAUGCUUACAAAAUAAAUUACGAAUUAAUAGAUAUUUCUAUCAGUUUGAAAAAACUUCAACAAAUGAGGAGGAAGGUUUCCAGCCCUAAGGCUCUACCACCUCAGAUAUUCAAUGACCAAGAAUAUUGUGGAGAUUUUGAAAUGUUUCACAAGGCAAAGGAAAACAAAGAGAUUCUCAAGUUCCUGAAGCUGGAGUAAAUGGGCAGUAAUGACACAAAAGAUCUUUACUGAC